AUGAAUGAUUCGAGUCAAAACGUGCCAAAAAUUCAACACAUUGAUCCUAAGUUUGUUCAAGACAUUAAAAUAGGGAAACCUUUGGAUUAUUCGUCCAAGAGCCUUAGGACGGUUGACAAACUAAUUGAUGAGACACCGCUGUCAGUCAGAGUCCAUGGAGUUCCCGGAAGAGGCGCCAAUAAGAAAUUCAUCAGUGGAGCAAUUUGGUUGAAUAAUAAUCAUUUGACGAGCUUACAAGGCUUGAACAAAUCUGUWGAACAGAUGCUCGAGUUGCCGUCAUAUUUGAUUUGGAUUGACGUUUCUUAUAAUGAAUUUAAAACCAUUGGCCAGGAAUUUCUUCACUUUCAAAAUUUAAGGAUACUGUACAUGCACGGAAAUCAAAUAAAUGACAUUCUGGACGUUAUAAAACUAAAAUCACUUUUAAAAUUACGAACAUUAACUCUACACGGAAAUCCGAUAUCAAGGCUAGUCAAUUAUCGUGCUCUUGUAUUGUUUUAUCUUUCGCAGAUAAAAAGUUUAGACUUUUCGUUAAUCACUCGUCAAGAGAGAAGUGUGGCWUCGCCGAUAACCUGUAACACAGUGAACAAAGUAAAUUAA